CAGCCCAGCCUAGAAACACAGCCCACAUCCCUUAAUAUUUCCCCAUCAAAAACCACAAACUAAUGUCACCCAACACCCCCACAAAAUCCCUGAUUCAUCCCCCAUGAAAGGACUCCAUAUUUGAUUAUUAUUGUCAAAGAUUUGUUAAGGAAAGAACUUGGUAGUUUCCCCUUUCUUGCUUGCUUAUUUAUAUCGGCCAUUGGCCAUUGUUGUAACUCACUUUUGAAUCUGAAAUUUCCAUCAGUAAUACACUUAUGUGUUUGCUAUUUUAAACCCCUAAUUCUAUAUCUUAAGGGUGGUUACCUUAAGUGUGAGUUUUAGGUUCUAGUUAUUUAAAUAAGUGUGUUAUAUCUUAUUUGAAUACUAGAUUCAACCCCAAGUUAGGAGAAGAGUGUGUAAUAUCUCUUAACACCAACUUGGUUUAUCCAACACUUAUUUCUAGCGAUUUCUAAUCCCACCAUUUCUCUCCUGAUCCUCCUUUCUUUUCUCAUAUUAAAAACCAUUAAAAAGAACUCUUUCACACUCCAUUCAUUUCGCCUCUUGCUUGCCUUCAACAUAUUAUCACAUUUCCUCUCCAAAAAAACCACAACUCUGUUAAGACCCCUAGUUCGAGAUAUAUCAUGAUUGCCACUCCCUGCUGGUAGUAGAGUAUCCAGGUGUCCUAUUGGUGCUUUUACAAAUAAAUCUUCAUACUACAGGUUAGGAUUGGUCAUGUGCUGGAGAAUGGUGAUGUCACAACACAGAGAUGCUAGGAGAGCAUAUACUUUGAGUACACAGUCUUGCUGUAGAACCUGGCAGCCCACAUAUAUUAUACAGUUGUGGUGAAGAUGGCUCUGUUCAACAUUACGAUCUACGAAGCAGUUCUGUCAAAAAGCUACUGUGUUGCUCAUCGUUUGUGAGGAACAACACACAUUCCCCAAGGGACAUACGGUUGAAUGCUAUUGUUAUUGACCCGCGUAACCCCAAUUAUUUUAAUGUGGGAGGUGCGGAUGAAUUUGCACGUGUAUACGACAUCCGAAAAAACCCAUCGGAUCCUAAGACCAACUCACCUGUAGAUGCGUUUUGCCCUCAUCAUCUUAUUGACACAAAGGAUAUUACCAUCACGUCAUUGGCUUACUCCAACACAAGUGAAUUGCUCGCCUCCUACAACGAUGAAUUGAUCUAUCUGUUCCAGAAGAACAUGGGGUUGGGUCCCAACCCUUUGUUGUUAUCGCAAGAAGAUGUAGGUAAGCUGGAAGAGCCUCGGGCUUACCGGGGGCAUAGGAAUUUCCAAACUGUCAAAGGAGUGAGUUUCUUUGGCCCAAAUGAUGAAUAUGUUACGAGUGGAUCUGACUGUGGUCACAUAUUCAUGUGGAAGAAGAAGAGCGCUGGGCUUGUCCGUGUGAUGAAGGGCGAUAAUGAUAUAGUUAAUCAGCUUGAGUCCCAUCCCCAUAUUCCUCUACUUGCCACCUCUGGCUUUGAAAACACUAUUAAGCUCUGGGCUCCCUCAUCCAAGGACAUCACUCCUUUGCCUCCUGAUUUUGAUGAGAUAUUGGACAACAAUCAGCGAGGCAGAGAGGCCCAUUCACAGGCCAGACUGAUGCAAGUGACCCCUGAUAUGGAUCUGAUAAGGCACCUUUUGCGUUUGCAUAGGAGGCAAGGGUGGGAAGCCUUUGGUUCUAGAGAGGGGCGGUAUGAUGGGGACACUGAUGCGAGCGACGACGACGAAGAAGUUGGAGGAGGGGCCCCACCAGGGGAUGCAGAUGAAGAAGGUAUACUCGUCGAUAUCGAAGUGACGUGUCAACCAUGAGGUCGGGUGACCAGUGGUGGUUCGGAUCCUCCGGAUUCGACUAGGCGGCUAUUCGGAGCAUGGCGCUGGGUGACCAAUCACCCCCGAUUAAAGGUGACCGGUCACGGAUCUUCUUUUCGGACUCAACUAGGCGGCUACUUUGGAGAAUGGUGGUAGGUGACCGGUCAUCCCCCCGGAUUUAGGUGACCGGUCACGGUUGUACAUUCAUUCUCAGCGAGAUGGCAUUUCGAGUACGGCGGUGCGUGACCGGUCACCCCCGGAAGAUAGGUGACCGGUCACGGUCUUGGUCUUCGGGGAUGGUCGGUGCAGACAUUUGGGCGCGACAUUUAGGUGACCGGUCACCCCCGGAAAAAGGUGACCGGUCACGAUCUACUUUUCCAGACUUGGCAAAUCGAGUAUUUAAGGCACGACGUUAGGCGACCGGUCACCCCCGGAAAAAGGUGACCGGUCACGGUCUUGGUCUUCGAGGA